AUGGGCGGUAGCCGUUCAAGACGUGUAUUGGGGAGUAGAUCCUAUAAAAAUUAUUCGUCUCAAAUGCUAGACACCGCAGUGGAUCUUGUAAGCCGCAAAAUUAUUUCAUCAUUAGAGGCAUCAAAGCAAUUUCUAAUUCCCAGAAGAACAAUAGACAAUAAAGUAAAAAAUAAACACCCAAAAAAGCCAGGAGCCCAGCAACGACUUACUGCUGCCGAAGAACUAGAUAUAAUAAAAGUACUCACCGCAGCAGCAGAUUUUGGGUCACCUGUAUCGAGAUUGGAACUUAGGCUCAUCGUCCGCACUUACUUGAAUAAAAAUAAUAAGGUGCAUUUGUUUAGUGACAACCUUCCUGGAAAGUGGUGGGUUAAAAAUUUUUUGACCCGCCUUAAAGAAAUGUUAACAGAAAGAGCCGUGCAAAACAUUAAAAGAGUUCGCGCUUCUACUAAUACUGGUGACUUUGAAAAUUAUUUUGAAAAUUUACGUAAUUCUCUUGCUAAUUUACCGUCUAAAAACAUUUUAAAUUAUGAUGAGACCAAUCUCUCCGAUAAUCCUGGUUCAACAAAAUGUAUUUUUAAACGUAAGGUAAAAUAUCCGGAACGUAUAAUGAAUAGUUCCAAAGGAAAUAUUUCUAUAAUGUUUGCUGCGACGGCGGAUGGUACUCUGUUACCUACAUAUACCGUUUACAAGGCUGAGCAUUUAUGGACAACGUGGUGCGAAAAUGGGCCUGACAAUGCGCGAUAUAAUAGGAGUAAAUCUGGUUGGUUCGACUCGACAGUUUUCCAAGACUGGUUUAAUUCAGUUAUCAUACCAUGGGCAAACAAACUCGAUGGUCCAAAGUUGAUUAUAGGCGACAAUCUUUCAAGCCAUCUUAAUGUUGAUAUAGUGCGUAAAUGUGAAGAGCGGAACAUAAGAUUUACUUUUUUACCACCAAACUCUACUCACAUAUCCCAACCAUUGGAUGUGGCAUUUUUUGGUCCCUUAAAAAGAAAAUGGCGCAAUGUUUUGACCCAAUAUAAAAUACAUAAUCCAGCAGAACCUCAAAUUAACAAAGCUCACUUCCCCAUGUUGUUAAAAUCUUUAUUAGAGGCUAUAGAAAUGACUAGAAAAGCAAAUAUCUGUGCUGGAUUUAAGGCAACAGGCAUAGUGCCUUUUAAUCCCCAAAGAAUAUUACGAAAGAUACCCGAUUAUGAAGAGCAAAACAAUUAUACAAUCGAUACCGCGCUCUUAGAUUAUUUGAAAGCCAACCGGUCAGCGAACCCUCUACAAAAAUUAAGAAACAAAAAAGUAAAUAUUACUCCAGGUAAGUCUGUUUCCUCUCAAGAAGUUCAAUUAUUCAUGACGAAAAAGACAUCUAAAUUAUAUAGAGAAACAAAUCGAAGUAACAUUAACGAAGCUCAGCAGACUUUUGCAGAGCGAGUGAUCGAUGAGCCUAAUUCAGAAACCCGACCAAAAGUUACUAUUCUUUCAGAAGUAAGGUUUAGUCCCUAUAAUUGCGCCUAUACAGAUUUAAAAAAGAUGCUUCCAUGGAAUCUUAAAAACGUAGAUAAAAGCUACAAUAUAUUUAAAUCUGAAAGUAAGGAGAAUCUGCCCGUAAUUCAACCUGGAGAAGAAUUUUUAGAGUAG